GUGCAGGGAGCCGAGUCAUUCAGCGCUGACUGCAGUGGCAUCGGCACAUACGAAAAUGGCGGCCCGAGUCGUAAUAUUUUUCAAGACGAUGCAAGCGGCUCGAUGCCCCACAGAUGAGCUUUCACUGACUAACUGUGCUGUGGUGAGCGAAAAGGACCUUCAGUCUGGCCAACAUGUGACUGUGAAGACCACGCCCACCCACAAGUUCGUCUUCACUGUCAAGAGCCACCACAGUGUGGUUCCAGGGACCAUUGCUUUCAGUUUACCACAGAGGAAAUGGGCUGGCCUCUCGAUUGGUCAAGAAGUAGAAGUGUCCAACUACAAUUUUGACAAGUCCAGGCAGUGUGUCGGAGCCAUGACCAUUGAGAUUGACUUCCUGCAGAAAAAGAGCACAGACAGCAGCCCCUACGAUUCUGACAAGAUGGCCAGUGAAUUCAUUCAGCAGUUCAACAAUCAGGGUUUCAGCGUGGGGCAGCAGCUGGUGUUCAGUUUUUGUGACAAACUAUUUGGGCUAGUGGUGAAGGAUGUUGAGGCCAUGGACCCGAGCAUCCUCAAGGGGGAGCCAGCUUCUGGGAAGAAGCAGAAGAUCGAUAUUGGCCUUUUGGUAGGUAAUAGUCAGGUGAUUUUUGAGAAAGCGGAGAGCUCCUCCCUCUCCUUGGUGGGGAAAGCUAAAACCAAAGAGGCCCGGCAGACCAUCAUCAACCCCGACUGGAACUUCGAGCGUAUGGGCAUCGGAGGUCUCGACAAGGAGUUCUCCGACAUUUUCCGUAGGGCUUUUGCCUCCCGGGUGUUCCCCCCUGACAUUGUGGAGCAAAUGGGCUGUAAGCAUGUUAAAGGCAUCUUGCUCUUUGGCCCCCCUGGCUGUGGAAAGACUCUGAUGGCCCGGCAGAUUGGGAAGAUGCUUAAUGCCCGUGAGCCUAAGAUUGUCAAUGGGCCUGAAAUUCUGAACAAGUACGUGGGGGAAUCAGAGGCUAACAUUCGGAAACUCUUUGCUGAGGCUGAAGAAGAGCAGAAGAGACUAGGUGCUAACAGUGGUCUGCACAUCAUAAUUUUCGAUGAGCUCGAUGCCAUCUGCAAGCAGCGCGGCACCGGAGCCAGUAGCACAGGCGUCCAUGACACGGUGGUCAACCAGCUGCUGUCCAAGAUCGACGGUGUGGAGCAGCUGAACAACAUCCUUGUGAUAGGAAUGACAAACAGGCCAGAUUUGAUCGACGAAGCUCUGAUGAGACCGGGAAGAUUUGAGGUUAAAAUGGAAAUUGGCCUUCCUGACGAAAAGGGCCGGCUGCAGAUUCUUAAUAUUCACACAGCCAAGAUGCGCGAGUUCAAAUUGCUGUCCACCGAUGUGGAUUUGGCAGAACUGGCAACGGAGACCAAGAACUACAGUGGUGCUGAGCUGGAGGGUCUGGUUCGGGCUGCCCAGUCCACCGCCAUGAACCGCCACAUCAAGGCCAGUACCACAGUAGAAGUGGACAUGGAGAAAGCGGAGAAGCUGCAGGUCCAUCGUGCAGACUUCCUAGGCUCCUUAAAUAACGACAUCAAGCCCGCUUUUGGCACCAACCAAGAGGACUAUGCCAGCUACAUUAUGAAUGGCAUCAUUAAAUGGGGAGACUCUGUGACCCGCGUCUUAGAUGACGGGGAGCUGCUGGUUCAGCAGACCAAGAACAGUGAUCGUACACCUCUGGUGGCUGUGCUUUUGGAAGGACCACCCCACAGUGGCAAGACUGCACUGGCUGCCAAGAUCUCAGAGGAUUCCCAGUUUCCCUUUAUCAAGAUCUGCUCUCCGGAUAAGAUGAUUGGCCACUCAGAGAUCUCUAAGUGCCAAGCGAUUAAGAAGAUCUUCGACGAUGCCUACAAAUCGCAGCUAAGCUGCGUGGUGGUGGAUGACAUUGAGCGCCUGCUUGAUUAUGUUCCCAUUGGGCCACGUUUCUCCAAUCUCGUCUUGCAAGCUCUGCUCGUGUUGCUGAAGAAACCCCCACCUAAGGGACGUAAGCUGCUGAUCAUAGGAACAACCAGUCGGAAGGAUGUGCUCCAAGAGAUGGAGAUGCUGGAUGCAUUCAGCACCACCAUUCAUGUUCCAAACAUCUCAACUGGGGAACACCUGGUCGAGGCCUUGGAGCUGCUUGGCAGCUUCACAGACAAAGAGAGGGCCACCAUUUCGCAGCAAGUUAAGGGCAAGAGAGUGCGGAUUGGCAUCAAGAAGCUGCUGAUGCUUAUUGAGAUGUCCCUCCAGAUGGACCAAGAAUACAGAGUCGGCAAGUUUUUGUCUCUGCUCAAGGAUGAAGGCACGGACCGCAGCUGCUAUCAGUAGAACUUCCGAUUCUUUCUUAUGAAGAGACCUAGACAUUGUUAAUCUUGAUCUUCAGAUUGAGCCAGCCAGAGGAUAUACAGUAAGCUUUCCUAUGUCCCAAUUCAGCUAUUCUGCAUGUUUCCUAUGGAGAAAACAACCUGGUCUAUCCUGUUAUGAUGACAUAUCCCAUAUGAAUCAAUGUCUUGUGUAUAAUUGUAAUUUCAAUGGUAAAUACUGUGAGAUGUGCUAUUUGAUGUUAGAAUCGCAUACUUAAGUUUAAGAAAUAAAUAUAUAUAUAUAUAUAUAUAUAUAUAUAUAUAUAUAUAUAUAUAUAUAUAUAUAUAUAUAUAUAUAUAAAACGCAUACUGGUACAACAGUAAUAUUAAGCGUUACUUUCAGUUUACACAUGGUAAAUGGUGUUUAUAUAACGUGCUGUUUUAAUGUCUACCCUUAACUUAUUUAAUUUAUAUUUUGUAUAGUAUGUACAAUACAAAUGCAUAGACACAAUCAAUUCAAUAUAUGAUACUGGCAAUGUCUUUAAAUUUCUCGCGUAUUUGACUUGUUAAGAUUUAAAAUUGCGUGAAUGACUGUCUGUUAGAGCUGCUAUUUCAAUCAGGUUCACUGCUUUGACUGGCUGUGGAGAAUGUGUCUGUCAAAUGAAAUAUCCUCGUAACGUGGCGUUUGGUGUUCGUAGAAAAAUACACCUUGUGUGCAAAAGGGACGUGUGUAUCGCAGAUGAAACAUGGUCUGAUGGGGUAGAUAUAGUGCAUAUUGGAGGCAAACUGAGCAGAUGUAACGUUGGAAGCAAAAAGGUUGGUCCUCUGCCCUGUACAUCCUGAACUCCUGCAUGCAACAGAAAGAAACUGGCAUUACACACUAGCAGCUAGACUCGAUUAAAUGGCUGACGAAGGCUCGCAAGAUUAAAUUAACGGUUCAUUCAUUCCACCUACUGCUCUAACCUGUAUUUUUGUUAGUGUAAAGAACAUCAUAUUUUGAUUGUGAGCAAUGUGUAUUUUUUUUUCUAAUCUUUAACUGUCUAUCUGCCGGUCCUAUCAGAAGAAUAUCUGCUGUAUACAGUUUACUGUGCUCCAAACGUGUGACGUCCAUAUUUUACUGUUCAAAAGCUCUUUAUUCUUACUGUUGAGGAUAUGUGAUAAAUCCCAUGUAUUAUAAUGAUAAUAUGUAUUAUUGCAAUAAAGCACAGAUUCACCCAUU